CGUUAAGGUCAGCAGCUCGGGAGGCCGCUCCGGCGGCGAGGAGCUGCCGCCUCCCGCAGCCUCGGCGCGCCUCGGGCUCCUCCUUCCGCCCAAGCGUGGCCCAGUGAGCACUGCUCCGGCCGCAGGUAGCGGAGGCGCGGAAGGCGGCGCGCGGGACCCAGCGGAGCGCCCGGGGAGGGGCCGACGGACACGCGGACAGACGGCUCCCCCAACCCCGCCCUGGACAGUAGCGACUGUCCGCGCCGGCCAUGUGGGGACCCGGAGUCACAGCGGAGGGCCUGUCGGUGGCGCCGGCCCCGCCGCCGCUGCUGCCGCUGCUGCUACUGCUGGCGCUGGCGCUGGUGGCGCCCUCGCGGGGCGGCGGGGGCUGCGCGGAGCUGGCGUGUGGCGAGCGGGAGCGCUGCUGCGACGCGGCCAACGCCACAGCGGUGCGCUGCUGCAAGCUGCCGCUGCACGCCUUCCUCGACAACGUGGGCUGGUUCGUCCGCAAGCUCUCCGGGCUGCUUAUCCUGCUCGUGCUCUUCGCCAUCGGCUACUUCCUGCAGCGCAUCAUCUGCCCCAGCCCACGCAGGUACCCGCACGGUCCGGCGCGGCCCGGGCCGCCGGGGGCCGCGGGGCCGCCCGACGACGACGACGACGACGACUCGCCCGCGCUAAUGCGCGACGAGGCGGCCGCCGGCUCUCAGGACUCGCUGCUGGACAGUGGCGGCGGGGGCCGAGGCCGGGGAGGCGGCGGGCGCUCGGCCCCCGACUGCGCCUCGGAGCACGAGCUUCGCGUGGUCUCGCCGGUCUUCCUGCAGCUGCCCAGCUACGAGGAGGUCAAGUACCUGCCCACUUACGAGGAGUCCAUGCGGCUGCAGCAGCCCAGCCCCGGGGAAGUCGUGCUGCCCGUGUCGGUGCUCGGCCGCCCGCGAGGCGGCUGCGCCGGGGAGCGCGACGGCGGCGAGGGCCGCUUCCCGCUCAUCUGAGCGUCUGCGGCCGCUCGAGGGCCGCGCGGGCCGAACGCGCCUAGGGGGGCUGCGGGUGGGACGCAACGACAGAGGUGGCCGCUGCCACCGCCGCCUGCCUCAGACCCGCGCUGGCACCCGGGCCGAAUCGCCGGUCGCCCGGCGCCGGGGUUGGAGUCACCCACGCUCCAGCUUUGCCCCGGGAUCUUAAGUUUCCCUACGUUUCAUUCGGUUCAAGGAAACGUCGGGCGCGCGCGGCGGGGGCGACGGCAGCGGACGAGGCUGCGGUGCAACUUCGAAGGACGUCCCCGCCCUCAGCCUCUCCUCCGCCCUGUGUUCACUCGUAAGUGCCUGCCUGCUUUCCGAAUCAAAGAGAACACGUGAGCCCUUGAGUGCGUCGAGCGAAAGGCAGUAACCUUUAGGGAUGAGGGGAAGGACGCAGGUCCAUCCCUCUGCCUCUCGCCUCGACAGGGCACGGUCUCCCAGGAUGGGCGGAGGGCGCGGAGCCGUAGGGCCGAGCGCCGACUGGAGACUGCUGCGCGCGGUCGGGGAGAGCAGCACCUAGGCCUUAAUGGCCCGGGAAGUGUCUGUCAUUAUUGUUUAAGAAAAUAUUGGACAUGAUUUCAUUUACAAUGGGGAAGAAAAAAGAGGCAUGGGCAAAGGAGAAAACGUACGUGACAUAAAACACGUGAAGGAUAUCUUAUUUUCGCUAUUUGAGAAGAAUAUAUUUUAUUUUUAGUACUGUGGCAUAAUAUAUAACUUUUGUAAUAACUGUAGAUUGUGUAGUCUGGGUCUUAAUUGCAUCAUUCACCACGUAGUUAUAUGUAGAUAUGAUUGAUACAUAUAUGCCAUACCAUGAAGCAUGAUGUCAUGUGCUUUUCCCUUUGUUUUGAAGUACAUUCCACAACAUGAUGCAAAACAUAAGAACUUGUGACUUCUCUUCAAAGCCAUAAUUGUGCAAGGAAUGUACUGCAGAAGGAUUUAGUCAGCAUAUCCUAAGAAAAACAUAAAUGUCAUUGUAUCAGUUCUACCAUUCUAUGAAAUGUUCUUUAAGCAAAUGGUAAUAUAAAAUAAUAUAUUAAAAUGCAUUGUGUAUAAUGUACAUAUGCACAUAGUCUAUGUACAAUAUACAUAUUGUAUACCAUAUAAUUACCACAGUUUAUGACUGCCAUGAAAGGAAAAGAAGGAAAACAAAGGUUUCUCUUCUUGGGGAAGGAUGAGUGUUACAUUAAGAAAGAUUUUACAUGUGAACUUCACAUAUGUAUCUAGAAACAUUGUUGUUAUGAUUUAAAAAGUUUGACAAUCCUGAGAUUGUAUUAGAAGAAACUGAUCUGAUUAAUUUGAGAAGUGAUUUAAUUGUGAAAUUAAUUUGAGAAAAUGAUUAAACUUUUAAAAGCUAAUAGAAAAAGUCUGACAGUUCUAAGGAAGUCUGAAUUGUAAUAGAAUGGUUUACUCUAAACUGCUAGAAGCUAAUGACCCUGUCAUUAAAAUCAUUUGAAGUGUUAUUAAAACACAGAAAAACUUUAAAAUCUUUCUCUGUGCAAAUUGUAUCAGAUGUGUGACUAUAUGGCAAUGCAUUAAAAUAUGAAAUGUG